AAAUGACUGCAGCAAGAAAUACCGAGGGGCUGAGAGGCUUGUGAGCGAUGGAACAGACUCUGUGUGCUGAAAUAUCUACGUUUGGGCUUUUCUGACGAGGAUUCGAGAGAAAAACAAAAUGAGCAGCGUCUCCUAACUGGACCAGACAAUGGAAGUAGCUUCAUGCAGCACUAACAAUUCACCCCUGGGAAACAAGUACGCACUAAAUCAGACUACCUCAGCCAGAGGUAGCUAAAACUAACGUGUGGCUCGAAAGCGACACAUUUCUUCAUUGGGAUGCAUGUACAAAGAAGCGCGGAGGGAAAGAGCAGACGCGUAUGUAUAUUUCCCCAAUGACUUUGAUGGCUGUGAGGAGGGAUAGUGUAUAGUUUCGUUUCUUUCAAAUGUUUGCGAUGGAGCGUCUGUGAAUAUUCUUGGCGACUGCGCAUCUGAUGCUGCUAUGGAUCGUCCGGAAUGAACAUCUGAAUUUAUCUCGUCGAGUUUUUUCCACAGCGCCGCUUCUUCCACCUGAAAUUCCGCAACACGCGUGAAACAGGAGCUCCGCUUCACCUACACAGUCGCUGUCGGGAAAAUGACCAGCUCGUCUGUAUGCUCUUGAGAUUUGUUUGGCCUUUUUGGGAAUCUGAAACGAGCAAAGGACGAAUUGUUCACCCCAGAAGUGCGAGAAGAAGGAAUUGUAGGGCGCGCUGAGCUGUAGCUUAACUACAUCUACUCAUCUCCAACCUGACACAAUGUUCGCACUCGGGAUUUAUUUGUGGGAAACUAUUGUAUUUUUCAGCCUGGCAGCGUCCCAACAAGCAGCGGCUCGGAAAGCUGCAUCCCCAAUGCCCCCCUCAGAAUUCCUGGACAAGCUAAUGGGGAAAGUGUCCGGUUAUGAUGCAAGAAUCAGACCUAAUUUCAAAGUCGUAGACCCACAAGGCUCCAAAUCGGAUGGUACUCACAAGAAAGGUCCACCUGUGAACGUAACAUGCAACAUUUUUAUUAACAGUUUUGGAUCCAUUGCUGAAACAACAAUGGAUUACAGAGUGAACAUUUUCCUGAGACAGCAGUGGAAUGACCCUCGGCUGGCCUACAGCGAAUAUCCCGAUGACUCCCUUGACCUCGAUCCCUCUAUGUUGGACUCCAUUUGGAAACCCGAUCUGUUCUUUGCCAAUGAAAAGGGAGCCAAUUUCCACGAGGUGACCACUGACAACAAACUCUUGAGGAUCUCCAAAAACGGGAACGUUUUAUACAGUAUAAGAAUAACACUGGUUCUGGCCUGCCCCAUGGACCUGAAGAAUUUCCCUAUGGAUGUGCAGACCUGUAUAAUGCAGCUGGAGAGCUUUGGCUACACGAUGAACGAUCUUAUAUUUGAGUGGGACGAGAAGGGAGCCGUGCAGGUAGCAGAUGGACUGACGUUACCUCAGUUUAUACUCAAGGAAGAGAAGGAUCUGCGCUACUGCACCAAGCACUAUAAUACAGGGAAGUUCACCUGCAUAGAGGCUCGUUUCCACUUGGAGAGACAGAUGGGCUAUUAUCUGAUCCAGAUGUAUAUUCCCAGUCUCCUGAUUGUCAUUUUGUCUUGGGUGUCCUUCUGGAUCAACAUGGAUGCUGCCCCUGCCCGUGUGGGGUUGGGAAUCACUACUGUGCUGACCAUGACCACCCAGAGCUCAGGAUCUCGAGCUUCUCUUCCCAAGGUCUCGUAUGUGAAAGCCAUUGACAUUUGGAUGGCAGUGUGCCUUCUCUUCGUCUUCUCUGCCCUGCUGGAGUAUGCAGCCGUCAACUUCAUUGCACGCCAACACAAGGAGCUUCUGCGCUUCCAGAGGAGGAGAAGGCAUCUGAAGGAGGAUGAGGCGGGAGAUGGCAGAUUCAGCUUCGCAGCCUACGGCAUGGGUCCAGCGUGCCUCCAGGCCAAAGACGGCAUGGCAAUCAAGGGCAACAACAACAACGCGCCCACCUCCGCCAACCCCCCUGAGAAGACUGUGGAGGAAAUGCGCAAGCUCUUCAUCAGCCGCGCCAAACGGAUCGACACAGUGUCGCGUGUGGCCUUUCCGCUGGUCUUCCUCAUUUUUAACAUUUUCUACUGGAUCACUUACAAGAUCAUACGCAGCGAGGAUAUUCACAAGCAGUAAAGAUAUUCGAAUACACCCGCCUCUACGCCCCCUCCUCACGUCCCACCGUGCCCGCCUUUCUCUCAGUGCAGUGCUCUCACUCGCUUUUGGUGAUGACGAGUCCCCGGCAGAGGUAUUUAUUCCUUCUUCUUUUUCUUUUUCUUUUUUUUUUCAUCUUUUUCUCUUCUAUCCUCCUGAAUAAUCCGGACCUGUGCAAUAGCAAUGCAGUAAAAUGCAUGAUAUAUGAAUGUGGCAAUAUAUUUACUACAAAAAAAGAAAAUGACUAAAAGUAAAUAUUCAACUUAAGAACUUCUGAUGACUGGGAAUCCAAGAGGAUAUCUUGUAAAACAUUUUUUUUUUUUUUUGCAACUCGAAGACGUACUGCAUUGCAAGAAUACGGAGAAACAUUACUGCUGUAAUAUAUCCUAUAUUUAAAUGAUAAUACUUCCGGUGAGAAAGUUGUUGAAGCUUUUUUCGGGUUCUCGAGGCAGUUUGGGGCUUCCAUGAAUACACUAUGAAAAUGUUACAGGUCUCAGAGACCGAGAUUUGCUUUGGUAUGUGUGUCCUGGGGUCUCCUGAUGUUUCAUUCUGAUAUCGAUUAUUAAUGGAUAUUGAUGAGUGCCAUUUGAGAAAAAGAAAAUAGUUUAUUUAUUCAAGCUGUGGUCAAUGUGUUCCUCUAUCUGUGCUCAUUUUCAGAUUGAAUUAUGUUGUAUUCAUGUGCCAAACAUCAUCUUUUCAGGUUGACCAAAAAAUAAUUACAUAGUUUUAUUUAUUUAUAAAGUUUUUUAUUGUUUAAUUAAGCUGAAAAGCCUGACUGAGGCGUGUGAGAGGAAAAUAUUUAAUACAAGUUUAAAUCAAAUAAUAUUUAGAAGUAUAUAUACUUUAAAGCAGUGUUUCUCAACCACGUUCCUGGAGGACCACCAGCACUGCAUGUUUUAUAUGUCUCCUUUGUCCGUCACACCCAAUGACUGUAAAAAAUAAUAUGGAUGACGCAACACCACCUUUUCCCAUUGAACGCUUUGAAUGCAAAACGCCUCAUGAUGGGCACGAACUGUCACAAAAAAACUACUGAUAUUGGAGCCUGGGCAUGCGCAGAAGGACUGCCUGAUGGAGCCAGAGGCAGAACUGUGAAAUCAAGCUUCCAACCAAACGCUUGUAUGUCAAAUCAACCACGCCCCCAAACUUCUCAUUUGAUCGCCCGUAUCUGCACUAUAACAAAGGCUCCCUAAAUAAAUAUAAGCACUUACAUUUAAAAUCACGUAAUAGUAUAUGAUUUAUAAAAAAACUGUUUGAAGUAAGCUGUAUUUAAUAAUUUAAUAAAAACAAAAUAUGUUGGACUGCAAAAUAAACGAUCUUUCAUACAGUCCAGCCUAAGCUAUGAUGAGCCAAAAAUAUUUCUCUUUCAACGAGUUGUUGGUAUUUAUCUUCAUGGGGUAGAAAUAACAUUAGCAAAAAAUGAAAAAUAACAUCUAAACAACACAUACAUUUUUAGAAAGAUUUUUAUUUUUAAUUAACAAUCAACAGAACCCAAAAUAUAUACAUUAUGGAUACAUCAUUUGCCAUGCGGAAAAAAUCAUGUGUUUAUAUUAGCGGAAGAUAAAUACAGCAAGAUUCCUAAAUGUUAACAAGAUAUGUAGACGUCCCAGCACUAUAUAAAAUAAUCUUUAUCAGUUUGUACAAUAAACUUUGCAGUAUUAAUACAUCAACUGAUGGCCAUCAGAUGCUGCAACAUCGCUUGUAUAUUGUUUAUUUAUUUUUUCUUUGCCUCUGUUUUCAUUUGGUUUAUUCGAUGCCUUAAUUAUAUCUGGCAAAGAGGAAUUUACAUUCAUUUUAAUGUUUAUUAGGAGUUUUCAAAUAAAAAGCCAACUGUAAAUGAUGUAUAUAAAUAAUAUAAAACAUAAUUAUGAUAAUAACGUUACAGAAGAUCGAUGUGGUGAUAGGCUAACAGUACUUUUGUCUUGCUAAUUAUUAUUUCAGACCCAUAAAAAGAAUUACAGCUAGAUAGCCAUCACCUGUUUUCUCUGACAUGACUCUGUUCUGCAAUCAGCAAACAAAAGCCCACAUUUAACCGAAUAAACACUGAUCCAUCAGAUCCUGUAGGUCAGAAUGUAUGGUUUACUGUUGAACAACUCAUUCUAUUAUAGUAAUAUAACACAGAAAUCAAAUAUUGGUACUUCAGUCUCCUCCCGAAGCUCUGACGGUCUGCUUAGAGAAGCUGGUGUCAAUCACAACUGUCAAUCACGAUUACACGCCCUGUUUAUAUAGCAUUAAAUUACUGGCUAAACACAUGGGUGCCAUAGAUCUGAACCUAUAUCAGCUUGAUAACCAGUGCCUCAAUUGACCAAAACCAUCUUUCGGGAUAUUUUUUAUUUGUGCUCAAGUCUCGUUGGUUAACAUGGGGGAGGCGGGCUUUAUGACUUGUACUGCAGCCAGCCCCCAGGGGGCAAUCGAACGGCCAGGAGCAUCACUCAAAAGGAGGCGUGCGGCACACUUGGUCACACCCAUUCCAGGUCUUUCAGUCUCUGCUAAUGAGCUGAUGAUCUGAAUCAGGGGUGUUUGGUUAAGGAGACACAGAAAAUGUGAAGAGCUGGUGGACCUCAAGGAACGUGGUUGAGAAACACUGCUUUAAAGCAUUUUUUCCUUUGAAUCUUUUUUUAAUCUCAGAUUAUGAAGAGAAAGAAGGUAACGGAAUCUUUUCAGCACUCACAUUUCAACAGUGUUAUUUUUAUAAGCUUGGUUCAGCAGUACAACCAGUGCCAUCAAACUAGAUCUAUAUUUCCAACCAAAUGUAUAUUACAGUGAUUUUUCAAACUAUAUGUAUAAACACCACAUCGUGCAACAGAUUAAACAAGUGCACAUAGUUCAUGGAAUUUAGGAUGCAUCUUCAUCUGGCUUCUCUAUGCAAUAAUCGUAUAUGCAAUUAUUUUCAGUGUUCAUCGUGUCAAAUAUGGCCAAUUUAUUCUGAAGGCCCUAAAAGAUACUAUUUCAUACGUGUUCAAUUUUCUCUUCCAGUCAUGCUCAAUUGCUGUCUAUGCAUGGCGAGGCUUUUUUUUCCCGUGGUGCAGAUGAUAUCGAUGUCAUUUUUCACUUUUGUAAUGUUUUCUUUGACUGGCGAACUGAAAAGGAACACCAUUAUAAUGAAGUAGAUAGAUGCUCUGCGUAGGAUAUGCAAGAUUUUUUGCCAUUUUUGUUUUUGCGUAACACUUAACUUUGUUUGAAACCAAAGAGCAGUUUUGUUACUCUAUUGUCAUUGCCUUUCAGGUUUUCAAACUCAAUGUGUUAGUUUAAUUCUGUUUGAUGUGAUGUGGACAUUGACCAAUUUUGUAAGGCCUGUAACAUUUGUAAUUUGUUCAGUUUUUCAGACAGUAUUCAAGAAAACCUACAAAAGAAAUUUCCACCUAGGUCAAAUAUGGUUUUGAUGUACAAACUUUGGUGACGUGAAGCUUGAAGUUUCUAUUUAUUUAUUUAUUUAUUUAUUUAUUUAUUUAUUUAUUUAUUUAUUUAUUUAUUUAUUCCACUUGUUUAAAUGACCAGUCAUCGUUGUCAAUUUGAAGGGCUAUUUUUGAUUAUUAAUAUCAGAUCAUUUCCCUCAAAUGAAUCGGCAUACGUGAAAAUUGUGCUCUAAAUAGAAGUUGUUUAUACCACACCAAUGAAAACACUGGAUCGCAUUUUAUGUAUUUUAUAUGUGCUCAUUCCAGAAUUGCGGGUACACUUCAAGCAUUUUUCAUUUAUUUUCUUAAACUGAAAUGACAUUCAUAUAAUGCGAUAUACAUUGCAAAAAAAAGGCAAUUUCACCAAAUGACUUGAAUAGCUUGUAAAAAAUUCAGAAUUUUAGAUCGAUUUAGAUUGCAAAUUAUAAACUUUUCACUCCCCUAUGAUGUUAACUGUUAUGUCUGAUCAACUGUAAUCCUGACUACAUUACAGAUGUGAUGUGACUAUUGCGGACUUGCACAUUGCGAUAACGAUUCUGAAACAAUUAUAUUGUGCAGCCCUAAUAUAUAUAUUUGAACUCAGAAUUAUUAGCCCCCCUAAAAUAUUAACCCCCCUUUUUAUUUUUCCCCCAAUUUCUUUAUAAAGGAGAGAAGAUUUUUUCGACACAUUUCGACACAUUCGAACAUAAUAGUUUUAAUAACUCAUCUCCAAUAACUGAUUUAUCUUAUCUUUGCCAUGAUGACAGUAAAUAAUAUUUGACUAGAUAUUUUUCAAGACUUCUAUACAGCCUAAAGUGACAUUUAAAGGCUUAACUAGGUUAAUCAGGUUAACUAGUCAGGUUAGGGUAAUUAGGCAAUUUACUGUCUAACGAUGGUUUGUUCUGUAGACUAUUGAAAAUAAAUAUAGCUUAAAUAAUAACUUUGAUCUUAAAUUUUUUUUUUAUUAUUAAAAACUGCUUUUAUUCUAGCCGAAAUAAAACAAAUAAGCCUUUCUCCAGAAGAAAAAAAUAUUAUCAGACAAACUGUGAAACUUUCCUUGCUCUUUUAAACAUCAUUUGGGAAAUAUUUAAAAAAGAAAAAAAAAUCAAAGGGGGUUUAAUAAUUCUGACUUCAACUAUGUGUGUGUGUGUGUAUAUAUAUACAUAUAUAUACAUAUAUGUAUGAAGAGUUCAAAUGCAAAAACCUCUAAAUUCCAUCUGAAAUUUUCUUCUAAAAUGAACAUUUUUCACAAGCUCCUGAGUGUAUGUUCAGUAAAUCCACAUUUAUGGCAAAAAAUAGGUUCUUUGCAUUGCCUUUAAAGUGAAAUAACUCAACAAAAAUAUUGGAGGCUGAGAAAACUGCUUAUUGUAGAAGAAAAUUUCAGAUGGCACUUGGUGGAUUUUGCAUCUGAACUUGUCAUAUUGUUUACUGAAUCCAUUGUAUAUAUAAUACAAUGCUUAAAAGUUAAAAGUUUUAUUAUCUUACUAAUUGUAAAACAUUUUAAACCACUUACAUAGUUGAUAAUAAGAGUUGAUAUUUUCAAGAUGCUAACCUCAAACCAGAUACAGCAUGACAGAAUUUAAUGCACUUUUGUCAUAUUGUUGUUUUAAAAAAGUGAAUUAGAAAUUCACUGAAAUCGACACAACUUACAUUUAAUCAUUUAGCAGCUGCGUUUAUCCAAAGUGCGGAUAAAGAAGCACUUCAAAUCAAAUGAUAUGAUAAGUAUAAAUGACUUAAUAUAUAAAUGUAAUUUCUUUCUUUUUAUUCACCAACAAAUAGUAGAGAAUGUGUCUUACAGGUGGUUUGUCAAACCCACUCACCUGUGGAGCACACCAAAAAUAGAAAGAUGUUUUCAGAAACGUAGUGUUGAUAAGACAAUGUCUUAAUCUACCAUCGGUGUAUCCUAAACAUUGUGUACUAAUUGACAUGCCUCAAUGCCUUCCAGAGUUUCCUGCCAGAGGAAGUGACAUCAUUUAGAGCGAGUCACAGGCUUUUUCUAUCAAUGCUUUUUAUAACCGAUAUCACAAAAUGUAUUUUUUAUAACUGAAAUGACAAAUAUUACAGAAAGUAGAUGUUUGAUGCAGAUGUUUAGUUAUCGUAGUAGAGUAAACACAAACAAAACGCUGAACAUUUGACAGUUAUUUAUGAUGAUUGCAGCUGAAUGCAAGAUUCAGGAGGCGGAGUUAAAGUAGAUCUAGUGGGAAGUCCCUAAAUACACCUACAAGCAUUAUUUUGGUUUUAGAGAAAGCUUGUGUUAAUCAAAUUAAAGUUAUUAUUAAAUUAUUAUUAACUAUUAUUAACUAUUAUUAAAGUUGUUGAAAAAUAAUAGUAAUAGUUUUCGAAAAAUAAUACAAGUUUAAUCCUGGAGAUGUGAGAUGUACCCGCAAUUCUAGAAUCACUCUUAUACAGUAGGCAUUAAACAGGAACUGAAUUCUAUUAGUGAUACUCAACGUAAAUUCAAGGAGGAAGAACAUUGUAAUGUGACACACUUACCUCCACGUGCAGCACAAUGUAGCAAGAACGCAUUUCUCACAUCAUUUGAACGUUCACACUUGAUGAACUGUGCUGAAAGGAUUGUCCACGACUGCGUCUCCUGUAACAUUACAAACAAACAAUAUGAACCGAUGUUAUUUCAAACAGUCAUUCAUCCGGCAGGUUACACUUCAUCUGUGAGACUGAUAGAGGCACUCGAUGUAUAAUUUACUGUACAUCAGUGUGUGUGGGAAGUGAUGGAGUGGCUUUAUACAUUCAAUGUGCUCAUUCUUGACUGAAAUGGGGAAUCUCAAAUAUGUAGUCAAAAAACAUUCGUACAACUAUGUUCAGCUCUUAAUGUGCGAUUUCUUUACUGAUGAACCCUGCUUAAGGCUAUUGAGUUGGCUGGACUGUCCCAUGUGUAACUGACAGCAGCGACGUUCCCAGGCCCUCACACACUCCAUGUGCUAAACGCAAUAUACGAGACGAGAUAUAAUAAAUAAUACUGGCUCUGGAACACAAAGGACUAUGUGAUGUGAAAUAUGUGCUAUAUGCAAAUACACUUUGUUCUUUGGCUUAAUAAUUAUGACCGUAUCGAUCCCAUGCCCUGAUGAUGAAUUCAUCCCAAUUUGAGCUUUGUUUUGAAUAUUUAUUGAUUUAUUGUGUUAUUUUCUUGAUGCCACCUUGCAGCUGCCCAGGAAAUGGUGAUGGGCAUCAUAUGUAACUUAUGUACGCAAGACUGUGGGUGAAAUUUUAUUUUUGCACAAGUUGGUAUGGCCUUAAUUUGUUUUGGUGGUGGUGGGGAGGGGGGUGUAUUCGGCUUCUUUUGUGUACUGGCACAAAGUGCAUCUUUUCAUUUGCUUCCUGUCAUAAUCCGAGUGCAUUUCCAAGCGGCGCAAAACUACAGCAAAUUCUUAUUUUUAUGUUCCAAUACUAAAACAUGAACUUUUUUUGCAUGAAUAGAAUUAAAUGGCAGAUAUUUUUGGCUUGUACAGAAAUGUGAGCAAUUUGAAGAAAAAAGGAAUGUACCAUUUCUGCUAUAUCUGUAUAUAACACAAUAUUUAUUGAAAUAUGUCAUAAUGCUAAAUCUAAUUCUACUAUU